AUGGCGCCCAAAACCACUUCCAAGGUGGCUUCAAAGCCCGAGCGCAAGAAGGCCACUCCCGCGCCUUACGAGCAUCCCGAUGCCAGCCAUGCAAAGAAGAAGCGGCCGAGCGCAUAUGGCAUUAAGCCCAUAUCGGCCUUUUACCUCUUUUUCAGCGCCAGCAUGAUUGCGGCCCUGUUUGCGCCCAUCCAGGAUUGUGACGAGACGUUCAAUUACUGGGAGCCGGCGCAUUAUCUCUCACAUGGCUACGGCCUGCAGACCUGGGAGUAUUCACCAGACUAUGCUAUCCGAAGCUGGCUUUACAUAGCCCUUCAUGCCAUUGUGGGCAAUGUGCGCAGAAUACUGCCCCAAUCCACCAAGGUGUCCGAAUUUUACUUCAUUCGCUACGGCCUGGCGCUCCUUUGUGCCAUUUGCCAGACUGUCCUGUUUCAGGGAAUCAGUCUGGCUGUCAAUGCUAGGGUCGGCGUCCUCUUCCUUGUCGCCACCAUUCUCAGCCCAGGAAACUUUCACGCGAGUGCGGCUUUCUUGCCCUCCAGCUUUGCCAUGUACAUGGGGAUGCUUGGCGCUGCAUCGUUCAUGAACUGGCGGGGUGGUCUGAAGACCUGGCAAGGCAUAACUUGGUUCGCCGUCGCUGGUAUUCUUGGCUGGCCCUUUGCCGCCGCCCUCUGUGCGCCGUACAUCCUUGAAGAGCUCAUUCUGGUCACGUUCAGUGACAGAACCUCUCUUAUCGAUGCGGUGAUUCGAUUUGGCCGUGGCGUCAUUGCUAGUCUUCUGGUUUUGUUCCUCGACUAUGCUAUCAACCUGUUCUUUUACAAGAAAUCGGUGGUUGUCUCAUGGAAUAUUGUCAAAUACAACAUCUUUUCCAAAACCGGCGGCCCUGAUCUCUAUGGAACUGAGCCAUGGACUUUCUAUUUCAAGAAUCUCGCGUUGAAUUUCAACGUUUGGUUCGUUCUCGCCCUUUUGGUAUUACCACUCUUCAUCCUGCAGAAAAUCUUCUCCAGGUCUUCGCAAAAUUUCUCCAGCGGGAUGCGUACUGUUGUUUUCGUCAUGCCCUUUUACAUGUGGCUAGGAAUCUUCACCGCACAGCCACACAAGGAAGAGAGGUUCAUGUACCCGGCCUACCCUUUCCUAGCCCUCAAUGCCGCCAUAUCGGUGCACAUCAUCUUAUAUACUCUUGGAUCCUCAAACGCUGCGACAUUGAUCGGAAAGAUCUCGGGCCGUCUCAAGCUGCUCGUUGUCGGCCUCGUCUUCCUCCUCUCUAUCAACAUCGGCGUUUCACGCAUAUACGGCAUCUACAAUGCGUAUUCGGCCCCUCUCAAAAUCUAUUCUCCGCUUUGGGGAGAUGGAUCAGGAAAUACAUUUGGAGCCGAAGAGGACAAUGUCUGUUUCGGAAAGGAAUGGUACCGCUUCCCAACAUCCUACUUCCUGCCGCGUAAUAUGCAUGCCAAGUUCCUGCGUUCCGAUUUCCGUGGCCUGUUGCCUGGCGAGUUUUCUGAAGCCGGGACUGGCUUUGGCUUCUGGAGCGGCACCUGGCUGCCAACAAAGGGUCUGAAUGACCGUAACCAAGAAGAUUUGGGCAAGUACAUCGAGCCUCGAAUGUGCUCGUUUUUGGUGGACACCCAAUAUCCCCUCAGAAAGAAGUCGGUUUCGCGCAGGGAACCGGAUUACAUUGCAGACAAGAACCACUGGGAGGUCGUCAAGUGCGUUGAGUUUCUCGACGCCGCCAACACGCACCUCUUGGCACGGACGUUGUGGAUUCCUGAAAUCGACGCCGUCCCCGAAAAGUACAGGCGUAAGUGGGGACGACAUUGCCUUCUCCAGCGCAAGAAGAGAUCCGCCAGCAUGUGGAUGUCUCCCGGCCAGAUGAUGAUGGGCUGA